UACCAGUCCCGGUGGUCUCCGCGGCGGGUGAGGGGGCGCAGCCGGCCGCGGGGAGGCGAAGUGGAGCUGAGUGAGCGUGGUAGGGCCGGCGCCUGCUGGGCUGAGGCCCGCGUGCAGGGCGCCCUCUAGCGCGUCUUCCCACUCAGGGGCCACUGGGAAUCCGUAAGAUUUAAUUAACUUCUGAUAAACAAUACAAGAAGCUAGCUGAGUGGUCUUCAGCAAUUCAAUGGAUGCGGCUCUGGAAAUCAGUGAGUUUGUAAACAGAGUGUGGGUCCAGUGUGAGAAUGAAAGCUGCUUGAAGUGGAGGCUGCUGUCUCCCAAGGCUGCAUCCAGGGUGGACCACAGCAAGCCGUGGUACUGCUUCAUGAAUGCUGACUCCAGCUACAACAGCUGCUCGGUUUCUGAGGAGGAUUUUCCUGAAGAGUCUCAGUUCCUUGAAAGAGGGUAUAAGAUUGUCUAUUCACAGCUUCCUCUUGGAAGCCUGGUUUUGGUAAAGUUACAGAAUUGGCCAAGUUGGCCAGGGAUACUUUGUCCUGAUCCUUUCAAAGGGAAAUACGUGACCUAUGACCAGGAUGGAAAUGUUGAAAACUAUUACAUAGAGUAUCUGGGUGAGCCCCACGCUACAGCCUGGAUGAGUGCAGCAUUUGUUGGACAUUUUAGUCUCACAUUACAGAUGGCAGAAUAUACAAAUAAAAAUAGAAGGAGGUGGUACAGGAGUGCCCUUGAGGAGGCGUACCGGCUCUACUGGUGUUCUCCUGAGCAAAGACUGGAAGCGUGCUGCCUGUCAAAGCAGGGAGGAAGAACUCACAGAAGACACCAGGUCUCCCACUUGCCUGGGACACUUCCAAAGCAGACACCAAAGCUGCUGUGGUGGCCAAGAAAAGGAUGCAAGCUUUCAAAAAUAAUACUGAAAAGAAAAAGCCCAUGGUUAGAAAAAGGAAAAGGACUGCUGUUUCAAAAUGCUCUGUUGAAGAUAUUUGUUCUGAGGAAGCCUUAUCCCAGGAGAACGUGGUGUCUUAAAGUACUGACAGCUGUAGAAGAAAAUGCUAGCAACUGUACUUCAACCCAGACCUCUCCAUCCCAAACCUGCUGAAAUCCAAAGAAGAAGGGGAAAUGAUACUAACAACAACCUGUGGCCUAAGGUGAAUUCAUUGCCACUGGUGAUGGUAAUUGUCUUCAUUAUUUUUCUAUUGCUGUCAAAAAACAACAUGACCAAUGCAAAAUGUUUAAUUUGGCUUAUGGCUUCAGAGGGUUAGAGUCCCUCUGGUGGAGCAAAGAAACAGCUGAGAGCUCGCAUUGAUCUACAACCAGGAGGCAAAGAAAAAAGACUGAGAAUCACAGGAGUCUUUUGAAACCUCAAAGCCCAGGGACACACUUCCUCCAGCAGUGUCACACCUGAUCCUGCCCAAACAGUUCCACCAUCUGGGGACCAAGUAGUGAAAUCUAUGAUUCUGUGGGGCCGUUCUCAGUCAAGCCACCACAGUAUCAGGUACAAUAGAGUGGAUGUGAAUGAAAACAGAAAGUUUGGCUCUCUCUCAUGCUUCUGAUUGAUUCUUCCUCCAUCUUAAUGAAUUUUGGAAAGCAAGUGGAUGCUUUAUUUGCAAGGGGAGCUGUGGUAGUCCUGCUCAAAGCACAUCAAACUAGAGGUUCUGUUAGCAGAGUAGUGCUCCUUCUUGAAGCCCCUGCAUAGCCUGUAUUCCAAGUGCCUAAAUGAGACACUCACGUAUAGUCUCAUGUAAAGAAAGUGAACAGGAAGAAGAGGAUGGAAUAGUUGUUUUCAAAAUCCUCCUGUUUUUCUUCCAAGCCAUGGCAAAAUCCUGUUGUCCUUAUCUCUGUUCAAAGGUGACUUGCUAUUGCUUUCACACUCAUGAAUUUUUUUUUUUCUUGGGUAUUUCUUCCUUUGCCUUUCGUGAUCAAUCCAUAUGUUCCAGUAAAGGCAAAAGUCUGGGUAUCCCAAAAUGGAGUUCCCAGAGGAGAGGUAGCUAGCAUACCCAAAGGCUCCUAAGCUAGCCCCUUCUCCUUCUAAGAUGGGUUCAUUUGGCACUUCCCUUUACUCUUCCUUUGUUGUUUUUGUUUUCUAUCUUUCUUUGAUCCUCUUUGCUGAACGGGAGCCCUUCCCUGCGUAUCGGCUAACUAGUGUCAGUGAUCAGAGUGUAAAGAUGCCCCCUGACCUGUGCAGACCCCGCCACAAGAUCCUCAGCUUCAUGUGCACCAGCACUGGGCAGCCAAAAAGAGAGGAUGAAGGCCAACAGCGGGGACGGCGACAGGACAAGUCAGAGCAGUACUUGUACUGUGAAUGGGAAAGUACAGGAAAAUGUCUGUGAUGGCUAACUUCUAUUUUGGAGGCAAAUUGGGAUAUGCUUUGUGUAGUUUAACGUCUGGAACUAAAGGAGAAGGAGGAUCAUUUCAUAGUGUGCUGUAAUCUGAAGGGACCAGGCCUUCUAGGUUUCAUAAAUAUAGAGAGACUAUUUAACAGCUAACACCUUAAUCAUGGACAUACAACCCUUAUAUUUUCUUCAGAGCCAACAAACCUUUACCCAUUUUGUCAUUUUGGUGUGGCUUCUCUUUAGAACUUUGGAUGUUGAGCAAAAAGAAGACAAGUAAUCUUGCAGAGGACAAAUUACAAGGCCACUGUUGCAGUGAUUUCCAGUAAGGGUGGGUCAACCCUACCUCUGUGUCCAGACAGUGGCCUGUACCCAGUUCUUGAUCUCAGUUGUCCUGCAUACAGAUGAUACAGUUUCUUAUUUUCCUGACUCAGAGUUACUGUUUUAGGAUGGGAUCUCUCUCUCUUCUUUCCCCCUCUAUUUCCCCCAUUUCUCUUCCUUUCUUUCUCUCCCUCCCUCUUUCCCUUCCUUCCUUUCCCUUUAUACUCUCAACAGUGAAUUGAAACAAGCCAGGAAACUAAGGAUAAUCAUCACAGAUAGAAGAUGAGUGGUCCUAUAGUCAGCAAAUGCGUUCAUUUUGUGUCCAGCUUUGGAGGAUAUCAUUGACCAAUUCUGAUAACUGAGUCUGUAGAUUACAGUAACUGCCAUUUCUUGAGAAUUAUUUUUGAAUUUCAGUUACAGUAUAGGAAUACUUAUAGAAAAGCAUGCCUCCUGUUGCUCUGGAAGCAGAAAUCAACAUCAGUCAAGUUGUUAAGAGUCCUGGACAGUUGAUUUAGUCCUCUAUUACUCUGUCUACUCUUUGAUCAAAAGGCAGUGCAGACACUCUUCCAGAUUGCUUGCAAACAGAGACAACAGUGAAUUUGGCAAUGAUAUACCUCAUCAUAACCGGGUUGUACUUUAGCCUAGCAUUAGAACAUAGAGAUGUUUGUUUGCCAUUUCCCUUUACAGCAGAGCUUAAAAUCCAUCUUUUCAACAGGACAUUAAAUUUCAAUGUCAGUUUCCAUAGACUCAGAAUGCAAAGUAGGAAAAAAUAUUGUGAAGAGAACUAGAGAGUCAGCCCGAGGAUAAGCACAGAUAGUUGCCUGUGAAUUAACAGGUUACGUUACUAAAAAGAAAUCUAUCAAAAUUGGAGCAGUGGAGAUGGCUCCGUGUUUAAGAAGCACCUGCGGCUCAAGCCUGAUACCAUGAGCUGAGUUCCCAGAACCCAAGUAAUAGCAGCAUGAGGGGCACACACCAGUAAUCACAGCACUCCUGCUGAGGUGGGAGGAGACACAGGAGAAUGAAAUGGCCUAUAGUGUGCUGUGUGCGGAAACAACAAUGGAGACCCUGCUUCAACAAGAUGGAAGGAGAGAAGCAACUCAUAAAGCUGUCCUCUGACCUCUACACACAUGCUGUGACACUUCUGCUCACACACACAUAAAUAAAUAAGUUUUAAAAUCAACUACAAUUGGAUGUUCCUUGAAUGUCCAGCUGUGCUGAGUGGUGUGACUUUUGUGACCUGCCAAAACGGCAGAGAAUAGAAGUGGUGUGUCAGAGUGCAGGGGUCAGAGUGAAGGUGAGGGCAUGGCAUUGUCUCCAGGUUGUGCUAUCUUUGUUUGGACAGGCUGCAGAUGUCCUCUCUGCCUCUGGUGCCAUACAACAAGCUCCAUGUGUGCUGGUUUCUUUGGUUUUGCUUCAGCAAAACUUUGUGUCAAGUAAAAAUGCUGUUUUGUUUAGGUGGAGGAUUCAAACAUAUUGUUAAUCAGAAUUCAGCUCUAUCAUUAUUGUAGGCUGUCUUUCUUAGGUGGUGGUGGAGUAAUUUUAUUUUAACAUAUUCAGUAAAGUAGUAAACACCUUUUCUACUUAUUUCAUAGAAAUGCAAAAAAGGUAUUUAUCAGCAUGGUGUUUUCUUUUUUUAAAUCAUGCUGGGCAGUUAACAUGUUACCAUUUAGAUUAGGAAUGAAUGAAAUUAUGGGUAUUUGGAAAUGCCUCAGUAGUUAAAUUGCUAGCCAUGCAAGUGUGAGGACCAAAGUCAGGAUCUCCAGAAACCAUAAUUGUAGGUGCUGUUUUUAAAUUCUCCUUUAUUUGGGGUUCCUAAAGCCUCUACCUCCUUUCCAACCCCCCAACUCUAGGUAGGAGAGAAAGAAGGUUACAAGGGAAGGGAGGUAGACCUUUUUAGACUUAAUUCUGGCUAGUUAGGGUGGUUGGGUUCUUUGGGAAAAUACCAAUAUCUAGCAGUUCAGCAACAGCAAACCCUAACCCUCAUCCUAACGAAUCAGGAUGAACAAGCAGCCUUCUCUCUAUUCUGUUUCCUUGAAACCUUCCUUUUCUCACUGGGUUCUUGUAUUUAUACCCUCUCAGAGUCCUCAGAAUUCCACUACCUGGUGCUGGCAAGGACCAUGCCCUGCAUGAGGCAAUUGUCAGCUGUGGAUAAACUAAGGCAGUCCCGUUUUCCACACUUGGGAGUAGAACAACGACAUAUUUACAUAACAUAACUGAGUUUUUUUGAGAAAGCAAAAUUUCUGCUACACAUAACAAAUCUCACUGGACCCCAAGCUGGCUGGUAAGACUAGCCAUAUCAGGGAGCUCCGGGUUGUACUUGAAGGACCCUUUCUCAAUAAUAAGGUAAUAGAGCAAUGGGAGAUGAUCCCUGAUACCAACCUCCGGCCUCCAUCAGCACUCACAGGGGUGCAUGUACACCUGCAGAGGCACCCUCCCACCCAGGGUCCCAUAUGUGAAAAUGGAAAAAAAAGAAGUAAAAGAAAGGAUUAGUCUACAUUUGGGCCAGCCACUUAGUUUUGUGGCUUUUCCUUUUUAGCUGCAGUUUUUAAUGUCAUACAUUGCCACAAAGUGUUUCAAUCAUCUUCACCCACACACUCCCCUAACUCCUCCCAAAUCUACUCCCAACUUCCCUAAUUUUGUGUCUUUAAAAAUAAUCCAGCAGUCCAGUUCAAAUGCUCCUGGGUGUGGGGCCACUUACAGGAGCACAGUGGACCUACCAGAGGCCACUGACCUCCUCCACUGUCCGCUGUCCAUAGCUCCUUGGUUGUGAUGUUUACUUUAUAAACAUAACGGAGUUUGGUGCCCUGGGGCCCCAAUUAAGAAAAAAAUGACUUCUAAUGAGCUUUUUAUAGUCCAAAGAUAUUUUAUCCUAUGUACAUAUCAAGAAAAUUAGCUAUUCCUUUCAAAAAUUAUAAAAACUUCACCUGAAAAUUCAUAAAAGAAUUUUGCAACAAGUAGAGAUUCUCUAUAAAAAUUAUGUGAUAAUAAAAGCUAAGUAUAUAAGGAAAAGCUAUAAGGAAAUCUUUUAUAUUUUAUGCUAACUAAAGAUAAUUUUUUUAAAUAUUAAAGUUUAUUUUUUAUUUUUAAUCCUGUAGUACUUAGAGGAAUUCUUUCUGGGUGGUUAAAAUUUUGAAUUAGAUGGAAUAAAGAUGCAGCUUUUGCUAUAUU